AUAAAAAAAUGAUAAGCAAAUUGAGCACCAUAGAACAAAAUUAUGGUGAAUCAAUAACCGUGAUCGUAUGCGAUCAUUUUUGUAGAACUGUAGAAUACCACACGCACCCACACACAUACACAGUUGAUCGUUAUCACACCGGAAUAUCAUCCCAAACAUAAAUGUAUUUAUAAAUGUGUAAUAAUAUUAUAAUAUUAUCAAAAUUAUUCACUAUUUUGUACUUAUUUUGUAUUAUAAUAUUAAAAAUAAUUGUGAUAAGGCCGAGGAAAAAAAGUGAAACCAUUGUUGCAACUACAGACCGUUCGUACUGCAAGUAACUAUCAGGUAACACAACAAGGCAAUGGGCGGUAAACGGCCUUCGAAUGUGAUUACUGUUGUUUCCCAACGAGUAUUUUUCUGUUAAAAAAUAUACAUUUUCGUUUCAAAAUGACGAAUUUGUUUUAUUUGCCUGCGGAUAUAUGAGUUGAACGCACGUGACUUGUAGUUCCUGUCAACCAACGACUUCGGUAUCAGCGUUGCCACUUGAGAAGGUGUUGAAAUGACUGAAAACGAAAAGCUUCCAUCUCCAAUGGUCAUUGGCUAUUGGAUGUCUGACCGCAAGAGUCAGAAACUCAAUUGGAUUGAAUUCGGCAAAGUGUGCAGGUAAAAUAUUUAUUACUAAUAUUAAGUACCAUAUGUGGUAUGAUUAAUACAAUAUUAUGAUAUUAGGUACCUAUGAUUAGGUAGGUACUAUUUACUUUGUAUGCAGUACGUCGUUUAGCAGUUUAUAUUUGUUUAGAAACCAAUUUUAUACCUGUAUACUGACAUUUAAUGAAUAUGUAAAUAUUCAUAUACAUGCUAAGUGAAAAAUUAAAAUAAUUAUAAUCAAGAAAAAGGUAUUUAAUAUUUUAUUUUUGAUUUAGUUUUGAUUUGUCCCAUUAACCAUUUAAAUAAAAUUAUAACUGAUAAUGGUUGUACUAUUUCAAUAGAAUAUGGUACUGAUUCAGAAUUUCAAAAUAAAAAUACAAAAUAGAUUUUUACACCAAAAUAAAUAAUUCUUAAUUAAACACCUGAUUAGUUAUAAACUAUAAUCAAGAACUUAAUAUUAUAUUGUUCUAAUUAAUCCAGUUAAAUACCUAUUUAUAUUUUGUUUAAACAAAACAAUUUUAUUGCAAAAGUAAAUAUUGUUAAAAUCAUUUUCAAGAUUUUUUACUGUAUAAAUACACAAAGUAUUUCCAUUAGCAGAAAUAUAACAAUAAUUUCUAACUUUAUUGUUGAAUGUGGAAUAAUUUCUUUUCAUUUUCUAUCAAAUUUUUAAUUUUUCUCAAAAAUCUAAAUAGGUAUUGUCAUUCGUAAGAAUACACAUUCAUUUAUAAAAAAACAAGAAACAUUAUAAUGAGGUUUUAUUUCAAUAAUAUAUAAUAUCUCUGUAAAUAUCUACAUUACAUAAUAGGUAAUAUCAUUACCUAUUUAAAAUGUGUUGGGAAGUACCUAUUAUGGGAAAUUUUAUAUGGCUCGUUAAAAAAUUACCGGCAUCUUGUUAAUAUAACUCAUACACAUAUAUGUAUAAGUUUAUAAAUAGCUAUUGUUGUAUAGAGAGAUUAUUGAAUAACUAAAAAGUGAAAUUAAAACAUAUAUAUAUAUAUAUAUAUAUAAGUGAAAUAAGAAACAUACUUGAGUUUCCAAGUUAUAGAAGGAUUACCAAUAUUUGUUACAUACCUAUUAGAAAUCUUAGUAAACCGAAAUAUCUAAAUAUUUAUUAUAUUUAUUAAAUUUAGUAUUCAUAUAUAAAUUUGGUUUUAAAAAUUCCAUGGUAAUAACCAUUUUUUAACUAUGGAAAAUAUGUAGAGUUUCACUCAUGAUAGAAAUCAUAAAUGCAUUUUAGUACCUACUUAUAUUAGUUUUAAAUAAUUAGGUACUGCAUACUGUACCAACUAUUUAAAAAAUAAAUAAAACGAAUGACACUGUACUAGGUACCUAGUAUCUACCUAAUACCUAUAUAAAACAUAUUAUUAAAAAAGUGAUUAAUAAUUUAAUUUCUUUUAAAAAUACCAUUUUAAACUAUUCACUUUAGAAAUUAUAUUUUAUUGAAAUCAAAUUAUAUUCAAUGUAAUUAUAUACUUCAUGUAUCUGAACAUGUUCAUAGACUACUUUUUUCCUUUUUAAUAUCAUAUAGAAAUAAGUUGAAAUAAUAUUACACAAUAUGUAAGAAAAUAAUGUAAUUUUAAAUUAAACUGGUUUUAUAAUUUAAAUAAUUAAAUUUAAAUUAUACAAAGUACAUUUAAAAUAUCAAGUUUACAUUGAAUAUAAAACCAAAUAUAGGCAUACCUAAAUUACUAAUUGUAUUAUAAUUUUAACACAUUAAGAUCUCAAAAUACCUAAAGAGUUGACAAUUACAUAGAAAUAUAUGUCAUUUUUUAAAUCAAUGUUCUACAAACAAGGGUAAUGGAUGCGGAGGGAAGGGGUGAAAAAGUAUCUAUCUCAUUGCUGUAAUUAAUUUAAAUACAAAUUAAAAAGUAAUUUAUAUUUUGGAGGAAGUUUGAAACCCCAACAUUUUCUUGUGUUUGCCACAGUCACUAGUAUUUAACAGUCUACAAUUAUGUUACAUUAUAAUAAUAUUUUAUCAAUGUUUAGAUGAUUAUUAGUAAUUUUGUUUUAUUUUUUACAGGCAGCAUGGAUAUGAAUUAGUGAAAGUAAGAAAUUAUUUUAUUAUUUACAUGAGUUAUUCAAAUAUGUCCUGUAUUUAAUUGGGGGUUGUUUUUUGUGAUAGUAUAAAAUAACUAAUGAGUUCAAAUAUUUUCUAGCAUUAAAGUCAUCCUCACAUAAAUUAAAAUAUAUUUUUUGUGGUAUUAAUGCAUUAUAAAAUGUAUUUGAAGUGAUUGCAUUUUAUAAAAUACAAACACAUCGGUUUAUUUUAAAUUUGUAUUUAAGUAAGAACUAAUUUUUAAAAAAAAUAUUUAUUCGUUUAAUUAAAUUAGUGUUUAAUUCUUCAAGUCUAUAAAAUAUUUUUGUAACACUGUUUAGUUCAAUGCAUAACAUUUUCUUACAUAUUUGAAUCUCUCUUUCUUUGUAGUUAUCAAUAUAUAGAUUGAUUUGCAGCCUUCCUCAAUUAUUCUCUAUCAUCUACUUACCUCUUGUUUGAUAAUAAAUUAAUUCAAAUAUUUUGUUUCUUUUGAUAAAACAUUCAAUUAUAUUUUGUCCAGUUUAUUAUUUGGGGCAUGAAUAUUUUGUUUUCAAUAUCAUAUUUUAAUUGUUUUAAUUAAUUAAUUUAUUACUUCUUAUCAAUAUAUAUCAUAUAGUAUAACUUUCAUAAUAAUUAAUUUUUCUCUACUGAUAAAAUAUUUUUCAUUUAAAAACUAAUAAUAUAAUUUAUUUUAAUAAUUAUCUUAAAAGAAAAACCACUUAAGAACGGAUUUUGUUAAAAAAAAAAAAUUACUUGUUAAAAAACUUAAUUGAUUAGUGUAAUAUUCAAAUAUCAAUGCAUUGCAUUUUACCAUAGUCUAAUAUAAUAGAUUAUCUAUUUUAUUUUGAUCGAUUUUGAUUUAGUUGAUGAACUAAAGAAGGAGCAUAUAAAUUUUAAAGAGCUUUUAUAUGUAUAGGUACAAUCUCUACCAAUAUAACAUUUACCAAGACUUUUGUUUGAUUUAAUAAAAAUAAACAUUUAAGAUAAUAAGGUGUUCUAGAAAUUCAAACUGUGUAUGAACUAAUAUUAAACCAAUAUUAGGGAAUGUUGUAGAUGAUAUUCAUUAAAAUCUGACUGGUACAUGGAUUAAAAGUAUUUUUACUUUUACUUCUAGAAAUAAUAUAUUGGAUUUAAAUAUUUAUUAAACUUAAUGCAUUGAACAAAUUUAUAUUAUCUACUUCAAUUUGUGUAGUUCUAGUAUAUUAUUAGAAUUUUUGUAAUGUAGAAAUGUAUAGUUAUUUGUCUUGAAGUUUAAUUAAAAUAUAUAAAGAAAAAUUUAAAACACAUUGCCUAGUUAGUGGUGGUAUAACCAACAUUUGAUAUGAUAUGAUAUCAUAUAUUAAUAAUAAUUAUAAUUUUGAACUAAAAAUUAUGUGCCUAGAACUUAAAUGAUAAAAUAAAAAAAUAUUAUUUUCCAGUUGGAUCUAGAUAAACCAUUGGAAGAUCAAGGACCUUUUGCUGUUAUUGUACACAAACUUACUGAAAUAAUUGCCAGAAAUGAUGAACAGGUAUGUUGGUAUCUAGGUUAUUUUUCUUUAUGUUGUAUUAACAAAAAACUGUAUUUUUUUUCUUAAAGGCUAUUCAAAUCAUAGAUAGAAUUGAACAAUAUAUAAAGGAUAAUCCGAAAGUAUUAAUCAUUGAUCCAUUAGAAAGUGUACGCACUCUACUCGAUCGAUACAAGACGUAUAAUGUCGUGUUGAACACCGGCUUGAACAAUAUUGGUACACCAAUAUACAAUUAUUAUUGUAACUAGGUAUUUUAAGUUGUCUAAAUUAUUUUGGUUCGCUUACAAUAUCACACUAAAUAGAGGACCUUGACCUGGGGCAUAUAUGACAUAGUAAAACUAUAUAGAAAGAAUAUAAGUACUUAAUAAUGCAAGUGUAAGAGGUCUGUCUUUUAGUAUAUUAGAGUGUAGAUUGUUGGCACUAACAUUGACAAAUCGUUCUAAGGUAUAAAUGUGUAGUGUUGUUAUUUAUAUAUUUUCAGGGAAGGGAUCUACAACUAAUCAUUUUGUUUUGUAGUAUUUACUGCACAACAAUUUUAAUUUGUUCUUAAAAUUCAUUAUAUACCACUAUAAUAUUUUUAAAUGUAGUGAAAUAAAACCCAUUUAACUCUGUUAAUUAAACACAAUAUACUUUAAUGACAUUUAUAAAAUAAUAACUGUUAAUGUGUGCUUGCUUUAUGAGAAUAGUAUAAUAAACAAUUAUUCAAUGUUAAAUUUAGUCAAUUAAAUAAAUAUAUUAGGUAUAUUUGUAUGUUAUGUUGGUACUAAUAUAAUGUUUAGUUUGGUGAUAUUAUAUGUGAACUAAUAUCACAUAAAAAGAUUUAUUAGUGGUAACUGGUAACUAAUUUAAAAUGUUGCCAAAUCCAUUUGGCUAAUUGCCAUAGCCUAUGAUUUUAAAUUUAAAUGCAAAUUUUAUUUUUCCACACAAUUUACUCUGAAGUUAUUUAUUAAUCAUAAUGAAUGCUAUAUUUAUGAUUUUAUUUGUAUUUACAAGUUAAAUUAAUAUAUGUUGUAAAUUGUAUUUAAAAUUGACAAUAGUUAUAAUUUUUUUGGUAUUAUAAAUUAAAUUUUUGAUAACAGUUUUUUUUAUAACUUAUUUAUAACUGAAACAUAUUAAAUAGAAUAAUAAAAUGAAUAAUUAUUGUAUACAUUUAAGAUCUUAGCUGUGCAAGAGUGAUGUUUUUUUCAAUAAUACAAGGUUUUUAACCUAAUAGUUCAGUAAACUGUGUUAAAUGUAUUGAUUAAUACAUAUACAGGUUGAUUUUUUUUUUUCAUGAACCAGCAAUUAUCUCUGAUUUUUUUAAGUUAAUUUAAAUUCUGGUUUUCUAAUUAUUAUAGAACUGUUUAAGCUUUAUUUUUAAACUAUUUAAAAAUUUUACCGCUACUCUAUGUACUUUAAAUAAGCAAAUAAUUAAGAUUUUUCAAAUAGGAACCCUUUUUUCCCCCUUUUUUGAACAAAGAUUUGAAAAGGGAAUAUUUUUCUAGAAAUUUUGAUAUGCAUAACACUAAUAUCAGAUUAACUGUUAAUGAGUUAUAAUAGUUAAACAAUUUGUUCGAAGGAGUUGGGAAGGGUUAUAGAUAGGCAAUUUAUUACUUUUCCCACUCCUCAGGUCUAAAUUUUAAACUAUUAUAACUCAUAAACGGUUAAUCUGAUAUUAGUGUUAUGCAUGUCAACAUUUUUAGAAAAAUAUUCUCUAUUUAAAUCAGUGUUCAGAAGGGAGGGGGUUCUUAUUUAAAAAUCAAAAGUAUGUACUUUCUUUAGGCAUACAAAGUAGAGGUAAACAAUUAAAAAUGGUUUUAAACAAUUCCACAAUGAUUAGAAAAAAAAAAAAAAACAAAAAUCAAAUUCACUUAAAAUCCUCUGAGAUAAUUGCUGGUUCAUGACUAAAAAUUCAAUCUGUAUAUGUAAAUUUAAAUUUCCAUGUAGAUAGAAAAUUAAAUAUUGAUGGUAGUUUAGGUUUGUAAUUUUAUAUUUUUUAAAUUCUUUAGUAGGAACAGUUCAUUAAUAUUUUGUUUUACUAUGCAUAUUCGUCCCAUACUAUAAUAGUUAAAUGGUCCCUUUAAAAUUUAAAGUAAUACAAACCUCAAAUUUUACAAUAAAAUUAGACAAACAAGAUGAGUGUAAACACUGUUAAUCAUCUGAAUCAUUGUUAUAAUGUUUAACAAUAAUAGAUAAAUUCAAAAAUUAUUUUGUUUGGUAAAAAAAUAUUUGUACAGAUAUAAAUUAAAAUCCCCUUUAUAUCCUACUUCUUGAACUUCCUGCUGUCAACAGCAUCCAUAAGCAGUAUUCUGUUCGAGGCGCAUAGUUACAAUGAACAAAACACCUGUAAUGUACUAGAUUUUUUUCCAAUAUUUAUUUCUACAAAGUUUUAUAUCUUUACUAGCUAUUUUGCUCAUCAUUGCGUGUGUCAAAUAAAAUUAUAUUUAUUUUUUUGUUUUAACCUUUCAUAGUAACCUAUAAAUCAAUAAAAAUAAUUAGUUUUUUGUACUAAAAAUACCAGUAGUCCUGUGUUUAGGGAUUGAAAUCUUAGAGAAGGGGAGUAGCCUAUAUGUUAUUCCUAGUUAAGAUCUAUAUUUAUUUAAAGUGUCAGCUCAACCCGUUCAGUAUUUUGGUGUAAAAGGAUAACAAUCAAACUUUUGAUUUAGUAAUGUUAGUAAGAUUUAGAUUAUUUUAUAGAAAACACAUAUUUUUCUAGUCUGUAUUAGUGUGGUCAAAUUACUUUUCACAACUUAAAAUAUAUGCAUAUAAUUGUAUAACAAAAUCUAAUUUAAAAUUAACCAAUGGAUACUAACCUUUUCUAGUGGUAUACAUCAUUAAAUUUGUUUUUGUUAUUAUUUAUAAUGACCCAAUGUGAAUCUAAUUAGUUUAACUGUAAUUAAACACAUUUUUGUUGUUGUAAUAAUACUUUUAAUAUUACCUAAAAAUUUCCCAGUCAAGGCCCUUAUCAAAAAUGACAGUUUAUGUUAUUUUCUCAUAACAUUAUUAUUUUUAAUUUGAACACUUUGUAAACUUAUGAAUUCAACUGUAAUUAUAUUUGUCUAUUGUAUUUGUUAGAUGUUUUUACGCCAACAUUCGUGGAAAUUCUUUCAAAUGAUGUGAAAGAGAAUAUUAUAAAGCUAAAAAAUGCUAGAGUAACGUUUCCUUUCAGUAAGCUUUUUAUUAAAGUAUAAAUAUUUUUUUAACAAUGUAACAAAUAUUUUUUAUUUUAGUUUGUAAGCCGUUUGUGGCUCAAGGAACAACAUACUGUCAUCAGGUGAACAAAAUAAUUGAAUAUAAUAUAUCUUUGGUCAAAUAUACAUACAGUGGCAGAUCCAGUGGUUAUUCUAGGGAGGAUAUUUAACAAUUUUUGAAUACAAGAAUUGCGUUAAAUAAACACAGUCCUAGGGUGGGGUAAUUGCCCUGUCUCCCUUCUCUUAUAUCUGCCAUUGCAUAUACAUACUUAUGAAUAAAUACAAAUGCAUGUUUACUUUUCUAGAUGUCUGUAAUUUUCAAUGAACGAGGUGUAGCUGAUUGUAAACCCCCAUGUGUUGCUCAAUCAUUUAUUAAUCAUAAUGCAAUUUUAUACAAACUUUAUGUUGUUGGGGAUCAUUAUCAAUUGGUAGAAAGGCCAUCAUUGAAAAAUUUCUAUACUUCAAACGGUAAAGUAUUUAACUAAAAACAAAUCUUUAAAUAUUUGUAUUCAUAAUUUAUUGUUUUAUUUUAGUUGAUCGAGAUACAAUAACUUUUGACAGCCAUUCCGUGUCAAAAUCAGAUUCAAGUAGUGAACUUAGUGUACUUGACCCAUCUGAAAGUGCCAAAAAAUCAUCUGUAGAUCCAAUAAAAUUACAUUCUAUUGUCAAAACAUUGGGUAGUUAUUUAAAUAUGUCUCUGUAUGGGGUUGAUAUUGUUGUGGAAAAUAAUACAAAUCGACAUGCAAUUAUUGAUAUUAAUGCCUAUCCUGGUAAAGUGGUUAUUUUUUAAGAAACAACAAAAUUAUUUUAAUUAUAAAUAGUAAAUACUAUAAUGUUGUUUUCUUAGGUUAUGAUGGAUUCCCGGACUUUUUUGGUAAACUUAUAGACUGUGUGAUAUCACGGCGCACUCAAUCGUUGUGUUCCAAAGCAUAUUUUGAAGAUUCUGGGUUUGACACUAGUGAUUCAAGCGAUGAAAAAAAAUCUCGCGCCAAGUUGAAUUCAAUUAAUCAUUAAUAUAAUUAAAACUGAUCAAUUAAACUUUGCCUAAAACUGUAUACUAAUUUAUUGUAUACAUUAUAUUAUAUAUUUUGUCAAUCAGAUUUUUAAGUGUCUUUUGAUAAACUAAAUAUCUUAUUUAUAAUAACUCAUGAAAUGUGUUAGUUUUUGAAAUGUUUUUAAAUUAUUAUUGUAAAUCUAUUUUUUUUUUUGUAUCUGAAAAUCAAGAUUAUAAGAAUCGUGCAAAAUAAUGUUUAUAAUACUAUUUUUAUACAUAAAUUUAUAAUAAAAUUAAAUAUUUUCAAUAAGUUGAUAUAUAUUUUUCAAACAAGAUAAUAUGUUAUAUUGCAUUAAGGUACUGGAGAAGUGAUAUUUGCUUAUUGAUUUUACAAGGUUAUUUUUACAAUUACAAAUUUGUUUGCUAUUAUUAUUGUUACAAUUGGAUUUGCAAUGUUAAAUUUAUUAUUUUUUUAUUUUAAUUUUGUAUCAAAUUAUCUGUUUAAAUUGUGUAUCCACAACAGUCAAUUAUUGUUUAAAUUUGAAUUUACUAUGUAAUAAGCUUUAUAACUAAGGCAUUUAAAUACUUACUAAAGUACGAUAUUUGUACAAAAUUUAAGUCAUUUGACAUUGUGGAACUAUUUUUGCAAAAUUGAAUUAAUUAUAUACUAAUAUAAUAAAAGUUUUAAUCGCCAAAAUUUUUUUUAAAUAUGUGUCUACAGUUAUCUUGAUUAAAAAAUAGAAGGAACUUGUACAUUUU